AAAAAUAAAUAAAUAAAAUCCAAAAAUCAGCUACUUCUUCGAGCAACCCUUUGUCUCUCUCUCUCUCUCUCUCUCUCUCUUUAUCUCUCUGGUGACGCUGAAUUAGGGAUCAAAAUGGGGGGUUCAUCGGAGACGAAGUUCUUGCAGGAACUGAUAUUAUACGCCGCGAGCGCCGCCCUGAGUUGCUUGGUAUUGUUCGCGGGGCUCCGACACCUCGACCCGAAUCGCGAGGCCUCCAAGAAAGCUCUCGAACACAAGAAGGAAAUCGCCAAACGCUUGGGUCGUCCUCUUAUUCAAACCAAUCCUUAUGAGGAUGUUAUUGCUUGUGACGUUAUAAACCCUGACCAUAUUGAUGUGGAAUUCAACUCUAUCGGUGGAUUGGAAACGAUCAAACAAGCUUUAUUUGAGUUGGUGAUUCUUCCACUACGGAGGCCUGACCUGUUUAGCCAUGGAAAGCUUCUUGGCCCACAAAAAGGGGUCUUGUUAUAUGGACCACCUGGUACUGGAAAAACCAUGCUUGCAAAAGCUAUCGCAAAAGAGUCGGGUGCUGUUUUCAUUAAUGUGAGGAUAUCAAAUCUUAUGAGCAAAUGGUUUGGUGAUGCUCAAAAACUUGUUGCUGCUGUGUUCUCCUUGGCUUAUAAACUCCAGCCUGCUAUCAUAUUCAUUGAUGAGGUAGACAGUUUCUUGGGUCAGCGCCGAAACACUGAUCAUGAAGCAUUAACAAACAUGAAAACUGAGUUCAUGGCUUUAUGGGAUGGCUUUACAACAGAUCAGAAUGCUCGGGUUAUGGUUCUUGCUGCAACUAACCGCCCAUCAGAGCUUGAUGAAGCAAUACUUAGGCGUCUUCCUCAAGCUUUUGAAAUUGGGAUACCUGACCGCAGGGAGAGAGCUGAGAUACUAAAGGUGAUUUUGAAGGGUGAAAAUGUCGAAGACAACAUUGACUAUGACCAUAUAGCUAGCUUGUGCGAGGGUUGUACUGGUUCAGAUCUGCUCGAACUUUGCAAGAAAGCUGCUUAUUUUCCUAUCAGGGACCUACUGGAUGAAGAGAAGACUGGAAAACGUUCUGUUGCACCGAGGCCAUUGUCACAGUCAGAUUUGGAAACAGUUAUUGGCACUUCAAGGAAAACAAAGGUAGCUGCAAGUGAAUUCACUGGAUUAAACUCGCAAUCUUCAGGGUGGUCAAGGAGUGGGGAGUCAGGUGAUUAUCCUGUUCAAGCUGCAAUAAGUGAGCUCUCUAGGCUUGUGGUCUCCCAAAUCUUGAACAUUCAAACAGAUGCCCAAGACCCUUAAAAUCCUGACUCCUCUCUAUUCCCGAGUUGUGGAGGUGUUGGAAUUCCCACCAGUAGCAUUUCCUGGUAAUAAAUUUGAACCCGUUGAUGAUUCUUAGAAUGAGCUUGCCGGAGUGGCGAUGAAAAGUUCGCCGGAGCUACCCACCUGAGAUUUGGGAUUGGCGGACCAAACCACGACGGUGACGUUUUGUGGGAUUUUGCUUUACCAGAUUGAGAAGGUGUAGAGGUUUGGGCUUUUGGGUAGUUGUCGGAAACCGGCGGCGAAGUUGGAGUUGGGAGAGAGAGGUGUUUUUCUUGUCGGUGGGACUCCAUGGGAAGUUUGAGAAGGAAAAGAAGGAAGAUGAUGAUUGAUUGUUCUGAGCAGAAGAUGGUGAUGGGUUAGAGAGAAGGAAGACAGAGAAGAUGAAGAAGAGGAACACUGAAAUGGAAGACAUGGUGGUUUUUUUUUUUUUUUUUUUAUUUUAAUUGUUUUGGUUGGUUGUGAAAAUGGGAGGUUUUGAUUAGUACAGGAAGAAGAAGGUUUGCUGGUUUGGUUUUAAUGGCCGAUGCUUUUUUUUUCCGAUUGAUUGAAUUUGACUUCUCUGCCGUGCAUUGACCGCAUAGACCAUUGACUUAACAUCAAUCUUCCCUUGAAGAAAAGAAACUGUGUCCAAAGCCGCCAUGGACAGAAAUUAAUUAACAAAGUUGUUAAAAGUAAUUUUAUUUAUUAUAUUUGAUGGUCGAAUAUUUCAUUUUUGAAAA